CCAACUCAUGACGACCGCAUGCACAACCGAAUGAAAUGCUGCCCUGUUCUGCACCAUCCCCAAUGAUGGGUUAAGGAUCAGUCAGUUAUGAUCCAUAGGAUUUUCACUGGCUAAUUUUUAGAAGUAGAUCACCAGGUCUGUCUUUCUAGUCCGUCUCAGUCUGGAGGCUCUGCUGAAACCUGUUCAACAUAAUAGCAACAUGCAAGCCUCCAUUGACGGGUGGUGGCUGCGCAUGAGGUGUAUUGGCCAAGAAUCAAUUGGAGGCCUUCUUAAAAAUCCGACAUUUGAUUUCGCUCAACACAUUUUGGCCUCUUGGUCUAGGGGCGACCCUACUAUGAAGUAACUACUCCGUAUCAUUCCAGUCCGUUUGCUGUUGCCAGAAACACAAAAGUGAAAACUAUAUAGUCCCCUAAGAUUCGGCCAUAUUCCUUCUAACCAGAAGAUACCCAAUGCUGCUGUUCAAGCUCUUUAAAGCUUACAAAGGCUACAUGCUAACUCUAGUUAAGAAUUGAUCGUGCUGCCAGUGACCAUACCCUUAAAUCAGGUGAUGGUUCCUUACCCUUAAUGUAAGAUCUUUGGUCCUACUACUAAUGGAAAAUAAAACAUUUAGGAAAACUCAGUUUGCAGGUGAGGUUGAACCUACUACCUUGUACAUAUGGCCCAGUUAAAUCUUUAGAGGACAGACUUAACUAUGCCCAGUGCCUAAAGAAUGAUGAUUAAAACUCAGGGUCAGCGAGAAACACACGCUGCUCUCCAAUCCCAUAAGGAACCUCGGCUUUCAGCAACGUGUUGACUUUUAGGCAGUGUAACCCAUAAUAAUCCCUGGCGGAAGCAAUCGGUGUGCAAGAAAGGAGGUUAGGGCCCACUUUCUGGUUACAAAAACCACCCAUCAAAGCUUGAAAUUCCACCACAAAUGACACGAUUAGUUUAGAGGAAAAAAAGGAUGGAACGGCACAUGCUGAAGACUGACUUUACAACGCGGGAGCUUCCUAGGGAACAUCCCUCCACGCUCAGGGCAGGAGGACCUCCACUCGGCUCUGCAAUUUCAGUCCCGCCUUUAAAGAGCUUCACGCCAACAGCGAGAAAGGUUCCUGUUUCGGCAGGCCGGCCCACUGCCGUGUCUGAAAGGCGGGACUUCCCUUACUCUUGCGUCAUUCCUAGUGCGACGGAAAACGUCAUUGGCUUAAAGGGGAAGGUCGAUUGUUGUCACGGGCGGACGGGCGCGCACGCACUUUACGCCUCGGUGUCGCCGGCGCAUGCACAGGCGCUUUGGUCGAAACGCGUACGCAGCUCCUCUGUGAGGCUAGAGUCCUGGUCUCCGCCCUGGCUCCGAUAUGCUGUGCCGGCUCGACGGUCGGUGGCUGCGGCGGCUGCCUGUCCUGCAGCUCGGGGCCCGGGGCCUGCCGCCUGCACCAGCCCCAACGGCGGCACUGAGCGCCCUGCUCUCCCAGCGUGGGCGGUGGCAUCAGUCUCUCCGGUUGCACCGGGUGGCACCAGCGGCUGGUACGAGGCCCUGGCUGCGUCCGCGCCGGUGCGAGGCGCGGAGGAAGUGUUACUCAGCGCCCACGCCGCCACGGGUCUUCCUUGGUGGGGCAGCAUUCUCCUCACCACCGUGGCCAUGCGUGGCGCCGUCACGCUGCCGCUGGCCGUCUACCAGCACCACAUCCUAGCCAAGGUGGAAAAUUUGCAGCCAGAAAUAAAAAAUAUUGCCAGACAUCUUAAGCAAGAAGUUGCAGUUCGUGCAAAUCAGUUGGGAUGGUCCAAAAGAGUUGCCAGGAUCACGUAUCUCAGGAAUAUGCGGAGGCUUGUUUCAGAGCUGUAUGUCCGGGAUAACUGCCACCCUUUCAAAGCCACCGUGUUGGUCUGGAUUCAGCUUCCAAUGUGGAUCUUCAUAUCUGUUGCCCUCCGGAAUUUUAGCAUGGGGGCAACGCAUUCAGAAGGUUUUUCUGUUCAGGAGCAGUUAGCUACUGGUGGAGUUCUGUGGUUUCCUGACCUCACUGCAUUGGAUUCCACUUGGAUUCUGCCUGUAUCUGUUGGUGUCAUCAAUUUAUUAAUAGUGGAGAUUUUUGCUUUGCAAAAAAUUGGAAUGUCUCGUUUUCAGAAGUAUGUUACGUACUUUGUCCGUGGAGUAUCAAUGUUGAUGAUUCCAAUUGCUGCAACAGUACCUUCAUCAGUUGUUCUCUACUGGUUAUGUUCCAGCUUCAUGGGCCUCUCACAGAACUUGCUGCUGCGUUCUCCUGGAUUUCGCCGACUUUGCCGAAUACCAUUGACCAAGUCAGAUUCAGACACUCCUUAUAGGGACCUCUUUGCUGCCUUUUGUGCCAAGUUCUUUUCAAGAAAAUGACAUACUUUUCAAUAGUUUUGAAACAAAAAUGUCAUCACUUUAAUGUAGUUGGAAAAUUUAGAAAUUGAGAUGUUAUUUAAUUUGCCUUUGUUUAAAAUCAUGAAUUUUGUGAAGUACUGUGGGUUAAGACGUAAUCCAGAUGUAUUUGACAAUUGUUAAAAUAUUUAUGUGCUAGAAAUAGCGUAUAUUUAAUUGUAUACUAACAGUAUAAAAAUGGAACCAGAGUUUCUAACCGUAUGUACAAAAUUGCAACUUAUUUGGGGUGUUAGAACUUUGGAAAACAGGAUUCGAUACUGAAUGAUGUCAGAUUAUACUAAACGGUCCAACACAUUAAAGGUUUUUAAAAUAAGAGGAUCCAAUGUGAUGGUUCUUAACAUUUUGGAGGUCGGAAGAAUCUGAUAAAGGCUGUGAUUUUCUCUUCACAAAAAUCCUCAGACUCAUAAUUUGGGGGCCGCCUUUGAUCCCCUGAAGGCUUUUUGGGGACUCCUGGUUAAGAAAUCUUGUUCUAAUGGAACAUACGUUGAUGAUGAGUUAAUGUGUGCUUUAAAAAAAAGUGGGUUUGAAAUACAUGCAGUAGAGUAGCUCAUGCAUAUAAAAAAAUACCUGAUAUGGUAGGUAAUUUUUCUUCUCAACCCUGCUCUGAAAGAACACAAAGAGUGUAGAUUUCUUUUUCUAUAAUUGAAGACAUCUGGAAUACAGAGGAUAACUGUACUACAGGAACCCAAAGUGGAAAAUCCUAAGCAAUAGACUUCUUUAGUCAAAGGAAGAAAGCCAGAAGGGCUGCUACCUAUUAUGGAGGUAAUUUUAAACUUUUCUUUAUUUAGGAGGAUUGUGAGUUCAAGCUAUGAUAGUGGUUUUAUAUAGGAAAAGUUGAUAGGGAAUAUAAAUCAUUGAUCCAGUUCUUUUCUUGUUUAAUUUGGAAAGAUGAUAAAAUUAAUUCUGGUUGAGACAUGAAUAAAGUUGGCAGACAUUUGAGAAUAUUAUAAAUUUUUAUUGAGCUCGAAUGUAGACCUGAUUCUGAGAUCCCCUAUCAUCCCAUCUCAUGUUUUACAGUAAAGUAAAAACUAAAGUAAAAUUAAUUACAUAGUCAUUUAUUUGGGUGAUGUCUAUUAAAUCUUAGCUGGCUUAUUUAAUGAAGUCAUGAAAUUUUUUAAUUUAAAAAAAUUACAAUAUGUAGAGGUAAGAAUUUUGGUUGCCAUGUUACUGCAUCUCACUGAGAAUUUAGGGGUAAGAUGGUGGCAGUUGGACCUACAUUCUCUUUUCAUGACUUCCCCAUCUUAGCUUAUGACUGCCAUACUGAGGCAACCGUGCUUCCAGAUCUAGCAAAGGAAUUGAAACGUGUGUGUUUCAGUGUAUGUACAAAUCAAGGGAACAGAGACUGAAAUGUAGAUGAUGGUUGUAUUAUAGCAAAGAAGGGAAAAGAAAUUUGAGACCGUUUUUAGCAGGCAUGACUGCCUCUGGAACAACUUGGUCCUUGCUAUGUAUCCAGAUAUUUUUUUCAUAAGACAGUGAGGGAAACCACCCUAAUCAGAAGGAAUUUGUCACUUUUUCUGACAGAUAAAAAAAGGAGUAGUGUGAUUUCUUUUUCAAUUAACUGCAUCUCUUUUCAUGUGCAUGCUUUACCUUACUUACUGAGAUUACCCUUGCUUUUCAAAAUGUAUAUUUGGAUCUCUUUUCAAAUGUAAAUUUUACCUGUUUUUAUGUUGCUCUCCCAUUUUCAAAACUCUUGAAUUGCUUUUCUCAAAUGGUUAAGUUUAUUUGAGAGUAUAAGGCUUUCCCUCCCUCCCAGAUCCCCAAAUUUCUAGGGUGGCUCGGAUUGGGGGAUAUACUCAUGUAUAAAGUACACUGGUAUGUUAAGAACUGAGGUGAAAUAGUCACCUGACUUUAGGAUGGUGCAUACUCCACUCAUUUCAUUCAACAGACAGAUUUUUUUUUAGUAAACAGCAAGUCAUAUUAGACAAUUCCAAGUCUGUGAUCUUUGGUCUUAUUUCCCGAGCAGUUUGUCAUGGUAUGGAAUAAUGCCAGAGCCUGAGGUCAGGGGAGGCAGACUACUGAACGGGGAUGGAGGACAUACAUGUUAUUAAGACCCCUUGAAUCUUACUGUCCAUCCCUUAGUCUCCUCUCAGCUGCUGAGAGGCUUCACGACAGAGCUCUAUCCUGGGCCCUGCCUGCAGAGGUCAGGAAAACUUUUGUCUUUUCAGGUGGGGUCCAUAGACUGUCUGUGUCACCCUUCCACAUCCCUUAAAAGGGCUAUUCAUUUUCCUGUGUGCUAUUUUUGUGUCUCAGUUAGAUUGACUUCUUGUGAGUACUUAUCCGAGGGUCGGGAAGGAGACUCACCACCCAGAUCAAUUCAUAUUAUGCCGCUAUGAUAACACUAGCUAUAAAGCAUAUUAGCAGAUGGAACUGGCAGACCAGAAAUGACCCCAGAUUAGUUUUCCAUGGGACCAUCAUGAGGGAAAACCUGAACAAAUCCUAUCCCGGUCAGAUAACAUAGGUGGGAAGAUGAGGCUUACAAAAAAAGUCAAAAUCCUUCAUUGCCUUCCUCACAGAUAACCCAGGGGAGCUUGCAAAACUGCAUUAAGGACCUGAGGAGAAAACAGAACUUGGGGAGAAGACUUUCCAGGUACCUUUAAAAGGGCUCAAGAGCUAAAGAUAAACCCUCACCCCUCGUAGAAGUGUAGCCUGCCCCUCCUAGACCACAUUGGGGGAUGUUGUCAUUUUUGUGGAAAAAUGAGCACCCAAAUAAAUGUCAGUAACCUUUGUGCUGGUACCUGUGCUUAAGUCACCCUUCAUAUUUUCCUGCUCUGAGUAUUCCAGGAAGCUCUGUGCUAGACUCCAAUGGGACAAGAAUUUCAUUAAAAAGAGGCCCCUAGGGAAAAAGCCCAAUUUCUGUUUUUUCCAUUUAGGGAAGAUUUGACAGGAGUGCUUCUCUCUCUGUCUUUGUAUCCCUGAUAAAACAAUUACAUUUGUUUUGCCUUAGUUGGGAAGACAGCUUUGUAUUUAAUUUAGCUUUGAUUUUUGUUUUCUGUGCAAAUUAUAGUUCUGCAGGGCAACUUAAAGAUGAACUAUGGAAUAUAACUACAUGUAUUUGAUUGCAGCUACAUAUCUGCAUAUUCCAACUCUUACACAGUUAAUAAUUUGAGGAAUUUUUUUCUGAUUAUAACCUUAGUUUUCCUGGAUCUUCUGUGAGUGAUGGAUGUUUCUGAACAUACGAGUAUUAAAAAUAUACUAUAAAAUCUCUAUUUGUGGGAAAGAAUGCCUAGCUUAUUGCAUGCUGUUUAAAGUCAGCCACAGGUAAAAUCUCCUCUUGUGAACUUUUUUAGAGAUGCUUAGAUUGUACUUAUAAAACUUACUAAUUUUCAUAUAUAAAUGUUCUAUUUUGGGGUCCAAAACAAAAAACCUGAAGUUUCCAUUAAAAUUAAAAUCACAAACAAGUUCAGAUACUGAAAUGAAAUAUCUUCUCUCUCAUUUUUAACUCUCACCUCUUCCCAUCAGAGUUAAAGACUUUUAGAUGAAUGAUUGUGACUUACUCUUAUGUAUCUAUGUGAUAAUGUGUUAUUUUACUUUAAAGUAUAAGUCAUGUGGUAUUAUAUGCAUAAAUUAAAUCAAGGGUCCUCAAAUUACGACCCUAUGGCCAAAUCGCCCCACUACCUUUUUUUGGUGCAGCUUACAAGUUAAGAAUGGUAUUUGCAUUUUUAAGUGAUUGAAAAAAGUUGAAAGAAGAAUAAUAUUUUAUGAUACAUAAAAAUUACAUGAAAUUCAAAUUUCAGGGUCCAUAAAUAAAGUUCAGUUGGACACAGCCCCACUAAUUUGUUUGUAUAUUGUCUGUGACUGCUUUUGUGCUUUAACUGCAGAGCUGAGUAGUGAUAGAGAACUGAUGUCAGAGCGCUUCACACUGUGCUUGGCACACUACAACUCAUGAUGACGCAGUUAUAACUUCACAGCAUUUCGAGUGCUAUGCGUACUGGCCUACUUUGACAUUUAUUUUUUAUUACCAGUGAGUACCCAGUCAAAAUAAGAAAAGUAAACUUCAAACGUCAUGCUUUUAAGGCACAGUUGUUGUUGGCUGCCGUCUGAUUGAUUCUGAUUUAUGGUGACUCUGUGUGACCCUGUGUGUGCAGAGUAGAACUGCUCCAUAGGGUUUCCAAGGCUGACCUUUU